AUGCGCUGGCCUGGGUCGGGCUCCGACGAAAACGACGACUGGAACCCAAAGCGGCCCGUCUCCAAAUGGAACGAGAAGCUCAACGCCAUUGACUGGCAGCACUACACCGAGCCGCGCCAAGUCAUUCCGACCCUCUUGCUCACUGCGACGACCCUGUUCUUUGUCCGCGUGUACAAGUCCUAUCUGCGCCGCAUACCGAGCGUGAAUCACAUCAAGCCCGGCUUCUUCCGCGAGCGCAGUCUCUUUGGCACCGUGACGAGGGUCGGCGAUGCGGACAACUUCCACCUCUUCCACACCCCGGGCGGCAGAUUGGUGGGAUGGGGAUGGCUUCCGGGCAGGAAAAUCCCUGCGAGCGGCAAAGAGCUGAUGUCGAAGACUAUCCACAUCCGCAUCGCCGGCAUCGACGCUCCCGAACUUGCGCACUUCGGACGUCCUGCCCAACCCUUCUCUCAAGAAGCGCAGAACUGGCUCAAGGACUUCAUCCUCAAUCGCCGCGUGCGUGCACACAUUUAUCGUCGCGACCAGUACGACCGCGUCGUCGCAUCCGUCACCGUCCGUCGCGGCCUUUUCAGGCGAGACGUCGGUCUGGAGAUGCUGAGGGCAGGGCUGGCCACUGUAUAUGAGGCCAAGACAGGCUCGGAAUUUGGGAACCUGGAGCAAAAGUACAAGGAUGCCGAGGCAAAGGCAAAGGAGGGGAGGGUGGGGAUGUGGACGCAGCCUUCGGUCCUGGGACGCUUCUUCAGCAAGCCGAAGGAGAAGCUGGAGAGCCCGCGCGAGUACAAGGAUCGGAUGAAAGCAGAGGAGGCAAAGCUAGCGCAACAGAAAGAUACCAAGGAGAAGCGCCAGGUCAAGAAAUGA